CCUUGUAUUAUUGGUGGUGCAGUAUGUGGAUGUAUCGGCUUUAUUAUCAGCGGGCUGGCUGUCAACGUUCCCAUGGUGGUUUUGUUCACUGGUGGUCUUGCAAGUGCAGGUAUGAGUCUGUGUUACCUAUGUUCGUUCAUCACCAUCAGCUGGAUAUUCCAUGAAAACCCUGGUGUAUCUCUUGUCCUUCUUACCACUGGGUCAAGCCUUGGCCAAAUUGUAAUGCCCUAUCUAAAUGAGAUUGUUAUCACGGAAUAUGGAUGGCGGGGAGCAUAUUACAUCCUGGGAGCUCUGGCCUUAAAUUGCUGUGCCUGCGGACUCUUUAUCUAUUUUAACAGACCCUAUUUCCACAAAGGCGUAACGUCAAAUAUAAAAGGAAACGUUUGUGACAGACUGUUUGAAAGAUCACUUCUGACAGACCCUUUGUUGCUCAUGACAUUACUGAACGUCCUACUCUUGGCAACAACAGGUCCCAUCGAGGCCUGGUUUCUUGUCGAUCUGAUGGUGAUUCGAGGAUUUGAAAGAGAGCAAGGUUCCUUGUUCGUAUCCAUAAACGGGUUCGCAAACUUCCUAGGACGUGGCUUGGGUGGUAUUCUGCGAAUGUUUUGUCAUGUACCAACAAUAUACCAUUGGGUAUAUCUAGCACCAGUCGUUGCUGUAGGACAUCUGCUGAUUGUAAACUUCUACGAUUACUGGCCUUUAUUUUGGGCCAACAUGCUUUAUGGAACCUUCUUCGGGGUGACAGUUGCGCAAGAACCAGCUAUUAUGUUUGAGGCUUCGGGAUUGGAACGAUAUCCGAAAGGAAUCGCUCUGAUGAACUUAAUGUAUGGUAUCGGGAAUUUUGUUGGAGGUUUAAUAGGAGGUAUAAUUAAAGAUGAACUUGGCACAUACAACCUAUUAUUCUACAUCGCUGUUGGGGCCAGUCUGUAUGUUUCCUUAGCCACCGUUGGGAUUAUUUUCUGUAUGAGACAUAGAAACAAACAUUCAAAGCCAAAUGAGCCAUUACUCGAACAAGAUGUAUUCUUCCAAGGAGAUGACAUUUUCGAACGACAACCACUGCUGCGACGUCAUUCUGCGUACUGAUAGUGAUACUGACGACGAUGAUGUCUUACCUGUUACUGGCAUAUACAUAAUUUAUUGACUGUUCUUUUGUUUAAGGCAUUUUUCUAAAUAUUUAAGCAUGUACAAUAAGUUGGUUUUAUACAUUUAUGUCUGAAAAGUCCAUGUAAAUGUUUAUUCUCUAUUGUAAUAUGCAAAUUAAUCGAUAUUUAAAUACUUGAACUCCAUUACAUAAGAUACUGUCCAUUGAAUGUAACGCACUUGUGGUCCACUCGUUUUGUAUGUGUUUUAUUGCUGUUGUGUAUUUAUUUCUCCAUGUGUUUGUCCAUGCUUCAUAAGAUAACAUCGAUUUGACCACAACCGAAUACGCUUGCAUAUAUUUAACAUGUUUUAUAUCACUAACAUACUACAAAUAACCGGUGGCCUUCCAUAUCUUUAUGGUGUGUUGAACAAUAUGUUCGCACUA